AUGUCUCCCCAUGAAGCAAUCGAGAAACCGUAUAAGGCAUUGAUAAACUUGGAAAGAUACUGGGAGAAGAUGCAUCAGAAAGAACCUGAAAUAUUCUCCAUCGGUGAUCAUGUUCGUGUCAAACAUGAAGGCAAUGUGUUCAAAAAGGCACAUCGAGAAAAUUUCUCUAGCAAUGUUUAUCGGAUUGGGAAAGUCAUUAAACCAUUCGACAAACUGCGGUCAUAUAGAUAUGUGGUAGAGGGGAUUCCCGAUCGAAUUUUCAACUAUAAUGAACUCAUCAAAACCGAGGAACCAGUUACAAUCAAAGUUGCGGCCGCAUUACAAAAAAGGGAUCGUUUGCAAAAGCAGGCAGCAAGAGAACUUGAAGACUUGAUACCUGUCCGAAUCCAGCCCGCUCGUACUCGUGCGCAGCAGAAAAAGUUAAAAGUUCGUCCGAAGGGUACAUUUUCGCACAUAGAAAUCCCGCGGCGGAAGAUGCCGGGCGCGGAGCGGCCAAUCCCGGCUGGUAUGCCUCGAAGGUAA